AUGCCCAACACGAGGCGUCGGAGGUUUUCCGUACAGAAUGAGAUCGCCGGCCGAGAAGGCAAAUUGCAAAAUGGUUUGCCAAUCAGCGAGUUUAGUUUGCACCCGGAGCCGAACCCAACAACUUGGGAUGAAGUUGGAAUGAAGAUGUCACUGUUUGGAUUUCUCAAUUGGAUCAGCUAUGUGAGGCAUGUUGUUCAUCUAAACAAUCAUUUAAAUCACUCCGACCCCGAUACAGAACUAAAAGUGGUGGCCACAAACAUAGUUGCGACAAAAUCAUCGAGACAUAAAAACAAGGUAUAUGCGAACAGCUCAAAAAGUCAAACUUUGGAGGUUGUAGCAGAAUGUGAAAGUACUAUAUCAGUAAGUACUGUCAAAAAACUAUCAACCGUGACUAUGGACAAAGCUGUAUAUGCAAGUUCGAGUACUCUCUUAAAUCCAGAGAAUGCCACUGAAGAAUCAAUCAAUCCUUUAAGUUCUGAUCGAUCAAAAACAGUAGCAACGGCGAUCGAACCACAGAAGAAAAGAGAUGAGAGGCAAUUGUCUAGAGAUAGAACACCUGCUAGAAGAGACAAGCACCCACGUCAACAUCGCAUCAAGGUUAGAAGUCCUAAGCGUCGUAUACCACUUAUAGAACAACCGAAUAAUAAAGCAAUAGACAAUAAUAAAAGAACAACAGGAACCACGGCGAUUAACUGGGACUCAGAAGUUGAACUUUGCAGCCCAGACAACGUGACCAAUGUACUAGAUACUUUUGAAGAAGUGGAGAGGACGAGUAAUCAUUCUAUAGAUGACAUGUGUCGCAUCUGUCAUGGCGGCGAGUCGCUAUCGCCAGAACUUGGGCGUUUGAUAUCUGCGUGUUCUUGUCGAGGAACCGUUGGUAGGGUCCAUGUGAAAUGUUUGGAGCGAUGGUUGACCGAAUCAGGAAAAUCUAGAUGCGAAUUGUGUGGGACCCGGUAUGCGACGAGACGCGUGCAUAGGUACGGCGUACCGAGGGCGUUAGUUAUGUGGGUACUGAGCCAAAAUGCUAAACAGUUGAUGGUGGACAGUCUCGGUAUUAUGCUGAUGUCACCUCUCGCAGUGCUGGCUGCGUGGUUGUCAGGACGUACAUUGGCUGGUCUGAUGACGCAAGAGAGCCACGUGACCCCUUGGCCACUAGCCUCCACUUUUGUACUAGCCUGUAUGACACUAGUAUGUUACUACUGCUGGAUAGUGUCUGCAGCGACCCGUCACGCUCUCGGCUGGUGGAUUUGGUACAGAUCUCAAUACGAAGUCAGGCUCCAAAUACAGGAAAACGAAGAUUAA